CGGAGCCUUCGAGGGCAAGAACGAACAGCGCGUCCGGUCGACACCCACCCACCAGACGAAUAAAGCAAAAACACCGCACGAAGGCGGACGGCACCGAAGCCUCCGACCUCCGAUCCACCACCAACACGACACGAGCUCUUGGCGGAGGAGGAGCUGUCGGCAGCUUCGUCGUCGCGGUCGCCUCGUAGACGUAGGCGCGGGAAGAGAGGCGGAGAUGAGACGGCCGCUCGGCGCAUGCGGCAGCAGAUCCAGCCCGGCCGCUGCUUUCCUCCUGGCCGCCGCCGCGAUCUGCGCCCAGUUCGCCACAGGACUAGCUGAUGAUGCAUCUAAAGACGAGUCAAAAGGUCACACUGGCCAAACAGUUUUGUUUGUCCUGCUAGGAAUUGGUGUAGCCGGUCUGUUGUCAUUCUUCCUUUUCAAGUAUUGGCAGAAGAAGAAAAGAGAGGAGCAACAUGCACGGCUGCUGAAGUUAUUUGAAGAGGAUGAUGACAUUGAGGUCGAGCUUGGCCUUAGAGAUUGAUAAUCUUCUCUGUACAGCAAAAGUAUCUUGGCUGACAAGGUUUUGCUGGCAGAUCAUCCAUCACCUUUGUGUUAAUGUAAAGAAUUUGUUGUAUUUAAACUCAGACAGCCUCCCGAGGAAGGUCUACUGUACCUUAGUUUUAUAUAUGGUGAAUAUCUUGACAUUCACGAUCCAUGAAAAUAGCUCUACAAGUGUCAAGGUUUUCGGAAA